CCCACCCUUUCUUUCUCCUCUCGUCGUCUUUCGCUCUGUUUGCUUGUGGGGACUCUUCUCUGUCUGCCUUAUUGGAGACAGAGGCAAACGCGUGUUUAGAGCCUCUCUGGCCGUUCUCUAGGUUACCAGAGCGCAAGAUCAAAAGUGUGUGCGUGCGUGCGUGCGUGCGUGCGUGCGUGCGCGCGUGUGUGUGUGUGUGUGUGUGUGUGUGUGUGUGUGUGUGUGUGUGUGUGUGUGUGUGUGAGAGAGAGAGAGAGAGAGAGAGAGAGAGAGAGAGAGAGAGAGAGAGAGAGAGAGAGAGAGAGAGUUGGACCCCGUGCGUACAACUUUUUUCUGAGUAGGGUAUGUGGUCGGUGGAUACAAUUUCGUGCUCAUCCAACAACUUCAGUGUGAUAAAUUGUGAUGGGGAAAGUUUCUCCUGCCUUGAAAUCUCGGUAAAACAGCUAUGAUAAGUUCGUGGUCGCACAGGUACAAUCAGGGCUGUCAUGCCCACGUCCUGGGUGACAGAGGUCAUGGAGUAGCCGGGAAUUUGCGCGCACCAGCACCUGCAUCAGCACCGGUCGCAGGUAGAGGGCGAUAGACUCUUUGAAAUGCUAUAGCACAGUGGCCCGUACCCCAUUUCAUAGCGCAGCGAGCACACACACGGUCACACACACGCGCAAGGGGAAGACUUCGGGACACAACCCAGGUGAAUGUCUCGACUUUGUGUAUGCACUUCAUGAAAAGCAAUGUAACCACAGGGUUUGGCAUGUUCACGGAUUUUCGCAUUCAUUUCAGUAACUUUGGCUGUUGCCGAAAAUGGACAUUUAUAUGUAUUUUUAUGUAUUUACCGUCUCUCUCUCUCUCUCUCUCUCUCUCUCUCUCUCUCUCUCUCUCUCUCUCUCUCUCUCUCUCUCUCUCUCUCUCUCUCUCUCUCUCUCUCUCUCUCCGUGUGUGUCUGUGGACACGGCAUCCUUAUAUGCUAAACGUGUCUAGGUAUUUUUUUAAUGUGCACAACAGGAUUUCUUAUAUACUUGGGAGUUUUUGUUGUGUGUGGGAAUAUUUGGUUGUAAUAUGUAGUCUUUAUUCGGCCUGUUCAUUUAUUUGCAAGAAUUUCUAAAGCGGCAUUACUGCUCGUGCACGGUAAGAUAGCAAGUGGGGAAGUUUGGACAAAAUAAAACAGAAUUAUUGUUUUCUAUAAGUUACCUAAAGCUAGGUUUUGAGAUGUUGUCACCAUUUUCUUUUUACUUUCGUUUAGUUCUUGUGAUGCCCUUGCUGUGUUGGCGGUGCAAAUAUGACAUCUCCUGCAUGUCAGGAAUUAAAAUGUAAAUGCAAUAAUAUGCACAACACCGGGUCAGUGUAGCAAGCGAGUUUUGUUUUGGCUAAAAUGUGUACCACGGAACAAACGGGAUAGCAGUGAUUCAUACAGUCUGGCAUUUUAGUCUAAUGUAAGCACUGCUUCCAAGUUUCAGCCGUUUUGAAAUGGGUCACUUCAUUGUUGUUUCAGAUAUGUUGCCGCAUCCAUAGGGAUUUCUUACGUGGGGUUAAUUCGAUCUGAGGUUUUUUUGUAGUUUGCAAGCUGUUUGUACUAGGUCUAUUUUUUUUAUCGGCGUCGUUGCAAUAAUUUGUUCUCUUUCAGGCGCUGGUUCGGAAGAGCGCCUUCAGCCCAACUCCGAUCCACGCGUAACAGCGGACACAUCCUCCGAGGCAUCUGCCAAAACCCGGAGCACCUCCCGUGCCACUUGCAAACCCAUCACAAUUCAGCGAGCAAAACUAACACGAGAUCUAUGGCAUUGAAGCGAUGAGCAAACACGUGCACUUAUUGGAACAACUGCAUUUUGUCCAUCUAAAAUGCACACCCCGAGACAUGCCCUGCGUCCAGGCUCAGUACGGCCCCGCCCCACCCGGGUCCAGCUACUCCGCCCAGUCCGUGGGUUACCACGGCGACUAUGGUGCUGCCCAUGACCUCAUGAUGACCCCGGACUACACCAAGCUGGAGCUGGGAGCCGCCGGCGUGGGGGUGGGCUUGGGUGUCGGGGACAUCUCGGCGGCUGCCGCCACCACCUCCCUGCCCAGCUUCAACGUCUUCGUGGAGAGCGGCUACGAACCGCCCAAGCCCUCCUGCCUCUACCAGCUGCCCUCCAUGCGGCCCGCCAUCAAGAAGGAGGAUGAGCCAUACCCCACCGGCCCGCCGCCCCCCUCCGCCUCCAUGGGCCCGGGCAACGACGACGCCCUCUCGGCCCCGGGCGGCCACAUGUACUUCAAGCAGUCUCCGCCCUCCACGCCGCCCACGCCACUGCCUCCCGCCGGCCCCCCAGGAGGAGGCGCCUUCCUCUGGGAGGACCCCCAGUCACUGCAGCCUCUCCCUCCGCACCACCCGCCACCCCCCCACCAGCGCUCUUCCUUUGCCCACUUUUACGAGCACUCGGCCUACGAGAGCAUGCAGGUGCGGCCCGAGCGGUCGCCCGGGUCUGAGUCCAUGCAUGGACACCCCCAGACGGCACACCCCCACCAUGCGCACAUGUACCCGCUGGGCAUGGCCAAAGCUGGCGGUACGGGGAUGCCCUUCCGCUCCCUGGCAUCGAUGGGGGCUUGCCCGGCGCCCCUGCCCUCCCCGCCUAUGCGGCCCGGCAGUGGAGAGGGGACAUGUGCCGUGUGCGGAGACAACGCUGCCUGCCAACACUACGGGGUCCGCACGUGCGAAGGCUGCAAGGGCUUCUUUAAGAGGACGGUGCAGAAGAAUGCCAAGUAUGUGUGUUUGGCCAGUAAAAACUGCCCAGUGGACAAGAGGCGGCGGAACCGCUGUCAGUAUUGUCGCUUUCAGAAGUGUCUGAGUGUGGGGAUGGUCAAAGAAGUGGUCCGCACAGACAGCCUGAAAGGCAGGCGGGGUCGUCUCCCGUCCAAGCCAAAGAGCCCGCUGCAGACAGACCCGUCUCCCCCCUCCCCACCCAUCAGCCUCGUCAGUGCCCUGCUGCGCGCCUACACCCACUCCAUGCCCAGGGAGCUCGACUUCAGCCAGUUCAGUACCGUGGAGACGGUGGGUCUGUCCGAAGCCCAGCAGGUGCAGCUGUUCUACCGGCUGCUGACCAGCUCCAUGGAGGUGACGCGUGCCUGGGCCGACCGCAUCCCAGGAUUCCCUGAGCUCAACCGCGACGACCAGAACACUCUCGUCGACUCCGCCUUCCUCGAGCUGUUUGUACUGCGACUGGCCUACAGGUGGGUGCUACCAGAGGAGAAGUUAGUGCUGUGUAACGGGCUGGUUCUGCAUCGGCAGCAGUGCCUGCGGGGCUUUGGCGAGUGGCUGGACUCCAUACGGGACUUCAGCGCCGGCCUGCAGAGCCUGGGCCUCGACCUCACAGCCUUCAGCUGCCUCUGUGCCCUGGUGCUGCUCACAGACCAGUGUCCGGGCCUGAAGGACCGCAAGCGUGUGGAGGAGCUUCAGAAUAAGGUGCUGUGUUCCCUGAGGGACCACCUGGGCUUCGGCUCCCCCUCCAGCUCCGGUGGCUCGGGGUCGUCUGGCAACGCGGUGGGGGCGUCGGUGUCAGCAGCGUCAUCGGUAGGGAAAGCUCCCCCGACACUGAGCCGCGUGGUGGGGCUGCGGGCCGAGCUGAGGACCCAGAGGACCCAGGGCCUCCAGAGGAUCUUCUACCUGAAGCUGGAGGACCUGGUGCCUCCUCCUCCGGUCAUCGACAGAUUCCUGGACACGCUGCCCUACUAACGAAAAAAGAAUAAUAAAUACACGGCUUGUUAGCUUGUUAUGAAUUUUUUUGCCAGGAUAUCAUCCCCCGCUGUUUUGAUGAGGGAUAGACCCUGGGGGGAGGAUCACCAUCACCAGCAGCUUCGUUUGCUGUGGAGAACAGAACUUGUUUGGGUUUUUUUUAUGCCCCUGGAUGGAGGAGGCAUUACGACAACUCCCACGGUCUCCCCUAGGACGCACACAGGACGCACUCUUGUCUGACGAAACAAAAACACAAAAAACUAACAACACAAUCAGAACUUUUUCUUCUGCUUGAUACAUAUGACUGUGUGACUGUGGGUGGGGUAUGACUCAGAUUGGGAGCGUACGUGUGUAUGUAUGUAUGUGUUUGGUGCGUGUGUAUUUUGAGCCUUCACUAUGGUGUGAAUCGGAUGUCCAGCACAAGUUCACACAGUCUCUAGUCCAUCCCUUACAUACAGUCACACAUAGACCUUUUCUACAAGAGACAUGAUAUGUCCCCACACGUACGUUCGUGUAUUCUGCCCCCCACCAAAAAAGAUGUGUGUUCUGUAAACAGAAAAAAAAACAGAACAUAAACACUGAAACACACACACACACACACACACACACACACACACACACACACACACACACACACACACACACACACACACACACACACACACACACACACACACACACACACACACACACACACACACACACACACACACACACACGAGGGAAGAUAUACUUUACAUCCAGAUAUACAGUACACACAUAACACUUAUUCGUAGAACAUAGGCAGAGGGGAUGAGUAAACAGCUCCUGUGUACAUUAAGUGCAAUUUCUGAAGUGCUUUCCCCCCACAGAAUCACACUUGGACUCCAGCUCUGUAGUAGACAUACCUGUAUAUCUGACACGAAUAGGCUACUAAGACCACAGACAAAUGAAGAGUCAUUUUCCAAAAUGCAAUAAAAUCCAUUUAAAUACUAUUUUCAUACAUUUUUUUUCCAAAAUUAGUUUUUAAGACAACAUACUUUUAAUGUUAUCCAUAUCUAAUCCAAACAGAACAAUGAUUUGCUGAUAUUAACCGAGAAUGCACAAUAAAAAAACACUUUUUUGAAUAUAUUUUUUAAAAUGGAUAUAUUGCGUUUUGGAACAAGCACUCAUCUAUAUGGAUAUCUAUGUAUCUAUCUAUGUCUAUAGAUAUAUAGUAUGUUAAUCUAUAUAUCUAUAUGUCUAUGACCGAGACUCUGUCCUCACAGUCAACUGUGUUUUGAGGUCAAAGGUCAAGAGCAGAGCAGAUGACACGACACCGCAACCCACAGAACACAGCACUACGUUGCGACGCACCGCCGCGCUAAAAAAACCUUUCUAAGACAAUGGAGCUCCUCAGAACUUGAAAUUUGCUGUAGUAUUUUUGUAUGGAAAAUAAAGAAAUGAAAAAUAAUAAAAAAAAGAAGAGUAGGGCUUCAAGACGACGGAAUAACAGCAGUGUGGGGGAGCCAUGCAGAGGGAAGAGGGACUUUAUGGGGGACGGGCUGCUGAGCACUUAGAGAGAGACCCAGAGACAGAGAGAUGGAGAAAGGAGUGGGGAGGGAGGGGUGAGGAACACAUGAGGGAGGAGGGGGAAAGAGAGAAUCAACCAGCAAGCAGAGAGAAGGAGACAAAGGAGAGAGAGAGAGAGGGAAGGGGGGGGGGGGGGGUAGAGAAAGGUUGAUACAUUCCGCAUUAAUAUGUCUUUUUGUAUGUUUUUAUCAUUGAUGCCAUUUAUUGAAAAUAAUCACUUUGUUGAUUUUUUUUUUUGGAUUUGUACAAAGGAAAAGGGUUUGUGCAUGGGUGUGUGUGUGUGUGUGCGUGUGUGUGUGUCUUUGCGCUUGCCUGUAUUUAUUGCAAAAGAGCGCCGAGAGGGCUUUUACACAGCCCACUCAAGAGAGAUUCAGACUAUAUAAAUAUAUAAAUAUAUUACCACAAAAAAAGAAAAAAAUGAAAAAACGAAUAUUUUGAAGUGUUUUUAUUCGAUAGCCUUUUACAACUAUUGUGGUACGACUUGUGCAUUGUUUUAUUUCUUUUUUUGAAGAAGAAGAAAUGGAAAAAAGUAUUUCCACUGUCUCUUGGUUUGGUUUUAUUUUUUUGUCUAUUUGUCUCACUGGAGGUUCAGCUCAGCACUUUGACAUGAUAAAAUAGUUUAAAUGAUUUCA